AUGGUUGAUGAAGCUCGUGAUGAGUCAAUGAAAGAGCAAAUGGCUAUAGUUUUAAGAUUUGUCGACAAAGAUGGUUUUGUGCGGGAACCUUUUUUUGGGCUUGUUCAUGUUGCUAAUACUGCGGCACCAACCCUACAAAAGGGUAUAUAUUUUGUAUUGUAUCAACAUAAGUUAGCCAUGGAAAAUAUUCGAGGGCAAGGAUAUAACGGCGCAAGUAACAUGCGUGGUGAGUGGAAUGGGUUGCAAGCUUUAAUUUCAAAUGAUUGUCCAUAUGCCUACUACAUUCAUUGUUUCGCACAUCGUUUGCAAUUGGCAUUAGUGGCGGCAUCAAAAGAAAUUUAUCAAACUGCUGAAAUUGCUUACCUGAUGAAAAUUAAUGAGAUUGAGAGUGGAAGGGGACUUAAUCAAAUUAGUACUUUACAACGGGCUGGAGAUACUUGUUGGAGUUCUCACUUGAGAUCAGUUUCUAGCUUGAUCAAAAAUUUUAGUCCAGCUUGUGAAGUUAUUCUUAAAAUCAUUGAUGUGGGAACUACUUCUUCCCAAGGAGCAGAAGCAGAUUCAGUUUAUCAGGUAAUGACUUCAUUUGAAUUUGUCUUUAUAUUGCAUCUCAUGAAAGAAACGAUGCAGAUUACUGAUCAUCUAUGUCAAGAAUUGCAAUCAAAAUCUCAAGACAUUUUAAGUGCCAUGAAUCUUGUUUCAUCAACUAAAGCAUACAUCCAACAAUAUAGAGAUGAUAAAUGGGAUGAUUUACUUACAAAUGUGAAGUCAUUUUGCGAGAAACGCAAUAUAGAUGUCCCAAAUAUGAAUGCCCGUUAUGUUGAGAGGCGAGGUCGAGCUCGCCAUCAACAAGCCGACUUUAUAAUUGAGCAACAUUAUCGAGUGAAUAUUUUUUGUGCCUCUAUAGAUUCUCAAUUGCAAGAAUUAAAUCACCGAUUUAGUGAGCAUGCAGUGGAGUUGCUUAUUCUCGGCUCAACUCUUGAUCCUCGAGCCGCACGUGAAUCUUUUAGAAUUAAUGAUAUUUUUCAGUUGGUAAACAAGUUUUAUCCACAAGAUUUUACUGAUCUUGAAAAGGAACAGUUGGAAAUAGAACUUAACCAUUAUAAGCAUAAUGUAGUUCAACAUUCGAGUUUCCAAGCACUGUCAAAUAUUUCUGAAUUGUGCCAAUGGUUGGUUAGUACUGGAAAAUCAUCUAUCUACCAACUUGUUUUUCGAGUUAUUGUACUUGUGCUUACUCUUUCCGUUUCUACCGCAACUACAGAACGAGCAUUUCCAGCCAUAAAUAUUGUCAAAACUAGGCUUCGCAACAAAAUUGAAGAUGAGUUUCUGACGGAUUCCUUAAUGGUGUACAUCGAAAGAGAAGUUGCUGCUACAAUUAGCAUAGAUUCAAUCAUAAAUGAUUUUCGGGAUUCAAAAAAACGGCAAGUUCCAUUUUAA